CAGACGCUGCUGCCUAUCCCCUUGCGAUCGAACAGAACAGAAGAGAGAUGGGGGACGGAAGUGGGAGCCGGUGGAGCAGGGCGGAGUGGGUGCAGCAGUACGAUCUCUUAGGAAAAAUCGGCGAAGGCACUUACGGCCUCGUCUUCCUCGCCCGAACCAAAUCCCCCGUUGGCACUCCCUCCAAAUCCAUUGCCAUAAAAAAGUUCAAGCAAUCCAAGGACGGCGACGGCGUCUCCCCCACCGCCAUCCGCGAAAUCAUGUUGCUGAGGGAGAUUACGCACGAGAACGUCGUCAAGCUCGUCAACGUACACAUCAACCACGCCGACAUGUCUCUCUACCUCGCCUUCGAUUACGCCGAGCACGAUCUCUAUGAAAUUAUUAGGCAUCACAGGGACAAACUCAACCAUUCCAUUAAUCAGUACACUGUUAAGUCUUUGCUCUGGCAGUUGCUCAAUGGACUAAGCUAUCUGCACAGUAAUUGGAUGAUACAUCGUGAUUUGAAGCCAUCGAAUAUAUUGGUUAUGGGUGAAGGAGAGGAACAUGGAGUUGUUAAGAUUGCUGACUUUGGACUUGCGAGGAUAUAUCAAGCUCCUCUGAAGCCGUUAUCUGACAAUGGGGUUGUUGUAACCAUUUGGUAUCGUGCACCUGAGUUGCUUCUUGGAGCAAAACAUUAUACCAGUGCUGUUGAUAUGUGGGCUAUGGGAUGCAUUUUUGCUGAGUUGUUGACCUUGAAGCCACUAUUUCAAGGGGCAGAAGUCAAAGCUACAUCAAAUCCCUUUCAGCUUGACCAACUUGACAAGAUAUUUAAGGUUUUAGGCCAUCCCACAUUAGAAAAGUGGCCUUCCUUAGCAAGUCUUCCACAUUGGCAACAAGAUGUGCAACAUAUACAAGGACACAAAUAUGACAAUGCCGGUCUCUAUAAUGUUGUACACCUGUCUCCAAAAAGCCCUGCAUAUGACCUCUUGUCAAAGAUGCUUGAAUAUGAUCCUCGUAAGCGUUUAACAGCAGCACAAGCUUUGGAGCAUGAGUAUUUCAAAAUUGAACCAUUACCUGGACGAAAUGCACUUGUACCCUGCCAACUUGGAGAGAAAAUUGUAAAUUAUCCCACUCGUCCAGUGGACACUACAACUGAUCUUGAAGGGACAACCAAUCUGCCACCUUCACAAACGGUAAAUGCAGUUUCUGGUAGCAUGCCUGGUCCUCAUGGGUCAAAUAGAUCUGUGCCUCGGCCAAUGAAUGUUGUUGGAAUGCAAAGACUGCCCCCUCAAGCAAUGGCAGCUUAUAAUCUCUCAUCUCAGGCAGCCAUGGGAGAUGGAAUGAAUCCUGGGGAUAUCUCAAAGCAUCGAGGUGUUCCACAGGCCCAUCAGCCACAACAGUUGAGAAGGAAGGAGCAAAUGGGGAUGCCGGGAUACCCUGCACAACAGAAGUCAAGACGAUUAUAAGGUUUCUGCUGGAAGAGAGACUAAGUGAAGAUAGAUUUGGGGUCAAUACUUCAGUACCUGAACUCAUGCAGGACAUUUCUGGACAGUGUUUGCCUUCAAUACUUGCAAGCCUCACUUUAUUGCAAUCAAAGAUUGGGUGCAUUCUUCUCUGGAAUUUUGAUGCUAAAAUGCCAAAUGUAUGCUGGAACACCAAUGAAGCCAUAAAAGGGAAUAAACGUAUGAAAGGGUUAAGCUACUGUAAGCACAUGUAUAUCAUGAUUAUAACAAUGCAAUUCUAUUGUAUUUCUUAGCUUUUGGGCAAGAUCAAUGUCAGUAAACCAAAUGUUGAUCAUCCAUUAGGUUUUCAUAAUGGAACUUUUCUUGAUUAAAUCUAUAACAUGCUACUUUGUAUUUGUAGAAUAUUUUGCCUCACAUGAUUGAAGAUAGUUCAAAUAUCA